AUGUCCCAACUUUGGCUUGCUUGCGCUGAAGCAGGCCCACUUGCCACGCUCCCUCAAGAGAAGCUUGAAGGGGUCUGUCGGUACUAUCAUGCCUUCUACCGGACAUUUCGAUGCUUUCGCCGAAUUCUACGUCAUCAGCACACGACACUGGAGCUAUACCAUGAAUUCCAGCAAACGUGGGAUGAAUGCAAUGAUUUCCUUCGUCACAACCCAGAUUAUUGCGAUGAUCUCGUCCCGCAAACCACGCGAUUGCAUGAAACCGCCUGUUAUGUCUAUAAUGACUUGGAUUUGGAUCACCUCGCGAAACGCGUGGAACUCCAGCUUCAUAUCAUGAAUGCUAAAAUGGACGAUAUCAUGCUAACCCAAAGACCCAUUCCCUACCUUCGCAGACGAGUCUACACCUACGUUGAUGAGUCUGAUCUUGCAACACUCCAACUUGAUUCUUAUGAGACGGAAGAAUGCCUCUACACCGUGGAUAUUGUUACGCAUUCUAGCGACAGGUGGAUAGUCAGCACCAAAGAGGAUAAAGAAUGGGGGGUUGUACAACACCUCCCCCCAAUUAAUCGAAUUCACCCAUAUACCAAACAUCAAAGGUUUGAUACGUCGGAAAUUCGACUUUUUGAGGCGUGCAUAAUUGAUCAAAGUGAUGGCUCGGUAACAUGGCGGUACGAAGGGCGCAAACCAGCUUAUCGAUUCAAUUCUCUAUCUGAUGCGUUUGCUUUUGAGUGUGCCCUUCGAGGCAAAAUCUUGUUGCACACAUUUCAGGUGGAAGAGAUCAGUUCUGAGAGGGGUCUCGAAGGAACUGCUCAGCCUGUGAAGCUUUGGUGUGAUUUUGACGAUCGGAAUAGAGCGCUUUCCUUUCUAGUGCAACGCAGUCGACCUUAUUUUCACCUAGAUGUUCCUCUUCGAAUGUUUGGAAAUAUAAUUCACGCAAAUAACGCGACUAACAAGGUUCGGGUUGAAUUUUGGGCUCCGAAAGUGAAGAAAAAAGCAUUACGAAACCCAAAUCGUCUUUUAAGACGAUUGAGUAACCUGAUCCGCCAUGCCCCGCCUGAUUAUGAUGAAGUUCUUGAGGAGCACGAGCUGCGAUUUCAAAUUAUGAAUGUUCUUGCAGAGGAAGAACUACCGGAAAGUGAGGCUGAAUUUAUAAACUCAAUGUCAUUUUUGAGAUUUGAAUUCUCAACAUCAGAUGACGCGGUUAUUUUCCAAGAAACGUUAACUCAAUUCUUUACUGAAAAACUUCAAAUGGUCCUCGCCCCGGCGCGAGAGAUAUCCAUAUCACGAGAAAACUCCGAGAAUGCUUCAUCCGGUCCUUCCGAUCCUUCUUCCGGCCUCCAAGGGCCAUAUAAUCAUCCAGCAUCUCCUACUCGAUUGAGAUCUUCGACACAUAUAUUGGCUACUGGGUCCGAGAUUUCAAUGUCGCCAACAAAUCUGUCACGACCAAUCCUUCAGAUGAGGCCGGUUGAAAAUGGUUCCCACGCUUCGACUGACUUACCCGGACGCGAUAGGAGGGGUUCUAGCCAUUCGUCGGAGAUAAAGGAUUUGGAUUAUCGUGUACGGGGCAUAAGCCUUGAGUACACAGGAAACGACUUAUUGAAAUUUCUGGAAAGAAAGCUCGAUCUUGAGCCUAACAUUACGGGUCGGAUUAAGUCCCUCGCUACCGGCCCCGCUGGUGAUAAGGUAGCCGUCAUAGCAUGGAGGCCGCGCCCUGCGUGCUUUUCGACUCCGAAUCAAGAUGAAUGGGAAUUUGGGCCAACUUCCGAUGACGAUAAAAUGCAUAUUACUAUUGAUACUCAUUUUCGUGGUCUGAGUGUCCUUUAUACUCCACCUGACGAUAUUCCGCCUACUGUCGAUAUAUGUGCUGUUGCAGGUCUCGGUGGUCAUGCAUGGGGAUCGUUCAAGCACAAAGGCACUUCCCAGUCUUUCAUGUGGAUAUUGGAUGGACUUCGCGAACACUUUCCGACGGCCCGGCUGAUGACAUAUGGCUCCAAGACAAAGCUUGAUGGGAACGAGUCAACGCAAACUCUCGAAGACCUAGGAAGAAUUCUACGAGAUGAUUUGCUAGGUGACUUGGGCUCUGCGUCAUCUCGUGUGGGAAAGUCGUUCUCUGUUCCUUCAUUUUUUAUCGCUCAUAGUCUUGGUGGACUGACCGUGAAAGAGGCUCUCUUACAGGAGUUAAAAGCCCCAGAACCGGAAAGCUUCAUCAAUAAUGUUCAAGGGGCACUAUUCUUUGGUGUGCCGAACCAUGGCAUGAAUGUUGAAGUUCUCGAAGCCAUGAUUCGAGGUCAACCUAAUGAAGCUCUUUUGAACUCGAUUGGCUAUCAAUCUACAACUCUACAAAAGUUGAGUCGAGACUUCAAAUCUGAAUACCGAAAAAGAAACCUACGAAAGCCAACAAUCAUUUAUCUUUAUGAAAUGGAGCCAUCGUUUUCUCCAUUGAAGCUUGAUAAUGGGCAAUGGAAAAUGGCAGCAACCCCUAAAAAGAUAUUGGUCGAUAGGGACUCAGCUACAGACGGUAAACUAUGGAGUGCAAGCUACGAUAACAUACAUCCCCUGAAUCGCAAUCAUUCUGAUCUUGUGAAGUUCAGUAGUCCAAACGAUGCUGACUUUCAGCGAGUUGUGAGGAUCUUGGUCAAAUUGUUAAAGACUGAAGAGGGUUGCGAUAAGGAUCUUUGA